AUGACAGAUACUUCGAAUUCUAAUAAUGAUACUAUCACGAGAAGUGAUAAUAAUUCGCGGGUUGCAUUAAGUAAUAAACCAUUUGCUCUAACCAAUGCAGAAUCAAUCAUUUCUGAUGAUGAUGAUUCGCAUCAAUUGGACGAAAUUGUUUCUUGGCAGAAAACUAUACUAAAUGGUUUUCAAUCAAAUAGGCAGCCAUUAGCAAGACGAAAAUCAUCAUAUAAAAAAAAACUACCCUCUUCGGAUCCUUCAGAGAAACAAUUAUUGGCUCAUUAUGUUGAAGAACAACAACCUGAACAACCUAAUUAUAUGAAACAUCCAUCGGUUGGACAAUCAUCUGACCUUUCUCUAUUAUGCAACCCUGGAACUUCUCAAUCAUCGUCACUACCUUCAACUUCUUUACGUAAACACCUUAAAAAGGCGAGUCUAUUAAAUACUAUAAAUAGAGUAUUCACACGUCACGAUAGACAUUUACAGGAUACUGGAAACUUUGGAGCUCUCCUUUUUUUUAGUCCAUCUACUGUUCCAUUUUUAUGGGCAAAAUUAGAUUCCAAAGGACGUAAAGCACCACCUGUCUUAUUAGAUGCAUUGAAGCUUGCUAUUACCGAUUCGUACAAUGAUGAUACUUAUAAUUGGCAAAGCGUUUUUAGAAUAGAGUUGAAGUAUGGUGAUGUGAAAUGGGUCAUUAAAAGAAUAGGAUUCGAUUUCGUUAUGCUCUAUCUUAAUUUAAAGAAAAGAAAUGAUUUACCUCAUAUUCCAAGGUUACCGACUGGUAUUAUUGAUUGGUUAAAAGCAAUAAUGGGAAGAAAUCACCAAUCGCGUCAAGCUAAGCAUCAAGCAGCAGCUCUACAAAGAAGGAAGGACUUGGAAAAUUAUCUAAUCGAAUUAAUAACUGUCUUGAAAUUUAGUGUUGCUUAUGAUCUAUACGAAUUCUUUGAACUUAGUGCGAUUUCAAUUACAAGAGAUAUGGGAUGGAAGGGAAAAGAAUGUUACAUGGAUAAUAAAGUUGAAAGAUUUAGAACGCCUAUAUGUUCGUUUAAAAAUUCAAAUGAAAAAUGGAUUAAAGAAUGGAUUAUAGUUCGCGAUUCUUCACCUGUGCCAGCAGAUGUUUUUCUGAUUGAUAAAUAUUUUAAAUGUGAAAAAUUAGCUUUACAUGGUUUAGAUCGUGUAAUGAAACGACACGGGCGGGUGAUUAUUGAAAAUAGUUCACGUAGAAUAGAAAUCAAAGGUGAUGCGCGUACUUUAAAAGAAUUCUUUGAAAGUAUUGAGAAAAUUAAACGGGCCUCACCUUGGGUCAUACAACAUCGUUUUAAUUCAUAUGCCCCUAUAAGAGAGAAUGUAAAAGUAAAGUGGUAUGUUGAUGGCAAAGAUUAUUUCUUUGCUGUGUCACAAGCUAUUAUGGCGGCAAAAGCAGAAAUAUAUAUCGAAGAUUGGUGGUUAUCACCGGAGUUGUAUCUUCGUCGACCUCCUUCGAAAAACGAAGAAUAUAGACUAGAUCGUUUACUUAAGAGGAAGGCUGAGGAAGGUGUUAUGAUUUACAUCAUUGUAUAUAAGGAAGUUAAGCUAGCUUUAUCUUUGGAUUCAUGGCACACUAAAUCUUAUCUCCAAAGUCUUCAUCCUAAUAUAAGAGUUCAAAGACAUCCAGAUCAUGGCCCCGAAGGAACUGUGUUUUGGGCUCAUCAUGAGAAAAUGGUGGUGAUUGAUUGUAGAUUAGCAUUUAUUGGAGGAUUGGAUUUAUGUUUUGGACGUUAUGAUACCCAUCAACAUGAAUUGGUAGAUUUUAAUCGAGCAACCGAUGAUAAUAUAUCGAUAUGGCCAGGACAAGAUUAUUCAAAUCCGAGAGUAAAGGAUUUUGUUAAUGUCGCCAAUUAUGAUGCCGAAAUAAUUGAUAAGUCUCGAGUCCCUCGUAUGGCGUGGCAUGAUGUUUCAAUCGGCACUGUUGGACAUCCAGCGCGUGACAUUGCCCGACAUUUUGUACAAAGAUGGAAUUUUAUAAAGGAAGAGAAGGCUUUUGGACGUGAAAAAUUUCCUUUUCUAACGCCAAAAGCGGAAUACGUUAGCACUCGGGAUGAAAGCAAAUUCUUCGGUACCUGUGAUGUUCAACUCUUGCGAAGUAGUGAUUUUUGGAGUAGCGGAAUUAAACUAGAGAAUUCGAUUUAUAACGCGUAUUGUCAUUUGAUUCGAACAUCCAAACACUUUAUAUAUAUCGAAAAUCAAUUUUUUAUCACUUCGACAGGACCGGAUCCUAGUCAUCCUAUUAAAAAUAGGAUCGGUGAGUGUAUUGUAGAGCGAAUAAAAAAAGCGCACAAAAAUAAAGAAAAGUUUCGUAUCAUAGUCGUGAUGCCUUUAUUGCCAGCGUUUGAGGCCGAUUUGAACUCAAAGGAUGCCGGAACAAUUCGUUUGGUAAUGCAUUGGCAGUAUAUCUCAAUAUGUCGUGGUGGAAGAUCUAUAUUGGAGAAACUUUCCGAGGCUGGAAUUAAUCCGGAAAAUUAUAUUUCAUUUUUUGCAUUACGUGGUCAUGACAAAAUUCAUGAUAUAGAUGGCCAUCAUUCUUCAACCGACUCCGAUGAUCAAUUUUUAGAUGAAAACCCGCAACACAUCGCAAACGAAAGGAUAGGUGGUGAACCGGCUUUACCUGAUGGUAUUAAACAAAAGGAUUCCAAGCAAUUGCAUGUUACUGAGGAAGUUUACAUUCAUAGUAAAUUAAUGAUUGUGGAUGAUAGAUUUGUUUUAUGUGGAUCUGCGAAUAUCAAUGAUAGGUCACAACUUGGAAAUCGAGAUUCAGAAAUCGCGAUCGUCAUCGAGGAUAAGAAAACCGUUGACACGUUUAUGGACGGUAAAAAGUAUAAGGCAAGUAAGUUUGCUUAUACACUAAGAAAAAAUAUAUUUAAGGAACAUCUUGGUUUACUUGAACCACAAGAUCAUAGUACUAUAACGAAGAGUUGUUUACCACCUUUAAAUCACGAAGAUUUAUUUAUAUUUUCACAUGAGAAAGAGCAAACGAUUACUUCUUUACUAGAUGAGCAAAUUUCAUCUCAAAAAAAUAAGUCUAAACAUCCCACAAGAGAAAAUUUAAUCAUGGAUCCAUUAUCAGAUGAAUUUUAUGAUUACUGGUCAAAAACUGCGCAAGAUAAUACUGAAAUCUACAGAUCUGUUUUUAAAAGUGUACCGGAUGAUAAUAUCACUGAUUGGGAACAAUAUAAAAAGUUUGUAUCGAAUCCCACGACAAUGCCUAUCGAUGCAAAUUCUCAAGGUUACGCAGAAGUUGAAAGGAAAUUAAGCAAUGUAAAAGGACAUUUAGUACAAUUUCCAACAGAAUUCUUGAACCGUGAAAAUUUAAUGGGCAGUGUAACAUAUUCCGUUACACUUGCUGAAAUAUUUACGUAG